AUGCCCGGCAGCCCCCGGCCGGCCCGGCAGCAUGUGCCCACCUCUCUGCGCCGCUCAGGGAGUUCAGCUCCUGCUCUGGCUUUUCUGUGGCAAGCCUUUCCCCCUCCACAGAGGCUGCCGGUGUACCAUACCCUUCAGAUGUUUGUCCAGCACGAUGCUGCUCAGCUCUACCUCACGUUCUGGAACCUUCUUAAGGAUCAAAUAGAUGAUGUGGACUUGGUAGAGAGGCUGCAGGCCCUGUACACGAUCCGGGUGAAGGAGUCCCUGGUUUGCCUCCUCUCUACCAGAGAGAGCAGUAGGAACAGCAGUAUGCUGACCCUCUCCCUCCCUCUCUAUGACGUGGACGCAAAGCCUCUGAAAACACUGGAGGAGGCCCUGCGCUGUUUUUUCCACCCCAGGGAGUUAGCCAGCAAGAGCAAGUGGUUCUGCGAGGCCUGCGGGACGAAGACGCGCGGAAGCCAGGUCUUGAGGAUGACGCAUCUGCCCCAAACCCUGACCCUUCACCUGAUGCGAUUCUCCAUUCGGAACUCACAGACGGAGAAAGUCUGCCACUUGCUGCACUUCCCUCAGCGCUUGGAUCUCAGUCAGGUUCUUCUGGCUGAGCAUCAAGACUUCACUGAGGACGCAGAGCAGCGUGAAGCACAGUAUGAACUCUUCGCUGUGAUAGCCCACGUAGGGAUGGCAGACGUCGGUCAUUACUGUGCCUACAUUCGGAAUCCAGCGGAUGGAAGAUGGCUCUGCUUCAAUGACUCCAAUGUUUGUUGGGUGUCCUGGGAAGAUGUCCAGUGUACCUAUGGAAAUCAUCACUACCCCUGGUAA